AUGUCAUCAAAACUAUUCCCCGGAGACCCGUCCAAGGUCAUGGUGAUCCGCAAAGUCACCCCGGAAAUCACCACAUUCAGCGUCCCCUUUUCACGAUUUGGGCUCUUGCGAUUCGGAGGCAGAGGCACACUCGUCAAACUACGCACCGGCUCCCUCGCAAUCAUCUCCCCAGUAGCAUUAACCCCCGAAGUCCAAAAACUCAUUACCUCCGAAGGCGGAAACGUACAAUACAUCGUCGCCCCAGACAUCGAGCACCACCUGCACAUCUCCACAUGGAAGCGCGCCUUCCCCGACGCCAAAACCAUCGCUCCAGAGGGCAUCUACGAGAAACGCCAGAGCUCACCGGCCUACGACGACGACGCCGCCUUCGACCACGUCUUCACAAGCACAGCAAACAUUCGCUGA